UCUCUUGCUCUCUCUCCCACUCCCAUAAAUGCAGUGACACUUGCAUUCUGUGUGUGCAUGCGUGUUUGUCGGAUAUAGAGGGAGUCGAAAUAGAAAGUGAAGGAGUGGGGGGGAGAGAGGGAGAGAAAGAAAAGGAGGUGGAGUGUGUGUGUUUAAGCUAACUACUCACAGAAAAGAAAGAAUAAGAAAAUUGAAGUAGCCGCCAUAUGCUGUGGAUUUUUGUGAAUGCCUUGCUGAGGAGACACGCUUGUUUUUUUUGGCGGAUCCUAAAAUGGGAAGCUCUCAUUUGCUGAACAAAGGCUUGCCUUUAGGCAUCAGGCCUCCUAUAAUGAAUGGGCCCAUGCAUCCCCGUCCUCUGGUGGCACUGCUGGAUGGGAGGGACUGCACAAUUGAAAUGCCCAUCCUGAAGGACGUGGCCACAGUGGCCUUCUGUGAUGCUCAGUCUACUCAGGAGAUUCAUGAGAAGGUAUUAAAUGAAGCAGUGGGUGCUCUCAUGUACCACACCAUCACCCUGAUGAGGGAAGACUUGGAAAAGUUCAAAGCACUUCGUAUAAUUGUCCGCAUUGGGAGUGGUUUUGAUAAUAUCGACAUAAAGUCUGCUGGCGACUUAGGUAUAGCAGUUUGUAACAUGCCAGCAGCUUCAGUUGAGGAGACUGCAGACUCCACCAUGUGCCACAUCCUCAACCUGUACCGACGCACCACCUGGCUGCACCAGGCACUCCGGGAGGGUACACGGGUCCAGAGUGUAGAGCAAAUCCGUGAAGUUGCAUCUGGGGCGGCCCGAAUCAGAGGAGAGACACUAGGGAUCAUUGGUCUAGGGCGUGUUGGACAGGCGGUGGCUCUUAGGGCCAAAGCAUUCGGCUUUAACGUGAUCUUCUAUGAUCCAUACCUGUCUGACGGGAUGGAGAGAGCCCUGGGGCUGCAGAGAGUCAACACCUUACAGGACCUGCUCUUCCACAGCGACUGCGUCACCCUGCACUGCAGUCUGAAUGAGCACAACCACCAUCUCAUCAACGACUUCACCAUCAAACAGAUGCGUCAAGGCGCAUUCCUAGUGAACACUGCGCGUGGAGGUCUGGUGGAUGAGAAAGCUCUGGCCCAGGCUCUAAAAGAGGGAAGAAUACGGGGAGCAGCCCUAGACGUUCAUGAGACAGAGCCCUUCAGUUUUAGCCAGGGUCCUCUUAAAGACGCUCCCAACCUGAUCUGCACCCCCCACGCUGCCUGGUACAGCGAGCAGGCCUCCAUUGAAAUGAGGGAGGAGGCGGCACGGGAGAUCCGUCGAGCUAUUACCGGUCGCAUUCCAGACAGUCUAAAAAACUGCGUGAACAAAGAGUUCCUCACACAGACCACGCACUGGGCCGGCAUGGACCCUGCCGUUGUUCAUCCAGAACUCAAUGGAGCCUAUAGGUACCCCCCAGGUGUAGUAAGCCUUGCCUCAGGGGGUCUCCCUCCGCCCGUGGAGGGCAUCAUGCCAAGUACCGUGCCCAUAACCCACAGCCUGCCCUCUGUGGCCCACCCUCCACAUGCCCCCUCGCCUGGUCAAACCGGCAAACCAGAACCUGAUAGAGAGCAGCACCCCAGCGAACAGUUGUAGCCCUGUACUUCAAAGUUUCUUUACCACUAUAGAACUCUUCUGGACCUUCUUUACCCCAAAGAAGAGGAGCGGAAACGGGCCACCAGGCUCAGAACCAGCCACUAAAAACACAACCACAACUCUGUAGUAGCCAACUCUUUGACUGAAGGUGGUGAACUGUGCUCUUUGAAGUAUCCAGUAUGAGAAAAAAAAGAAAGAAUGAAAAAAGAAAAUCUUGUGGAUUUAACACAAAGUAAACUUCUCCCUAAGGCAAAUCCUGCUGUUUUAGAUUGUAGUCUGUCCAAGUGCAGUGGGCAAUCUUUUAUCUGUUAUUUUGUCUGUCUAAUGCGAUUCAUUGUUAAAACAACAGUAGCUGUAACCUGUUUGUGUACAGUUUUUAGAACAUGAUCAAUGGUUUGUAGAAAAGAAGAAAAAAAAGAAACUGCAUUGAAGUGAUAGUUCAACCAAAAUGAAGAUUCUGCCAUUAUAUACUCACACUUGUGUUGAUCUUAACCUGUAUGACUUCCUUUCUUCCAUGCAACACAAAAGGAGAUCCUAUGACAAAGAGCAGCCUAACCAUUUUU